CUGAUACUAACACUAAAUACAAACUACACAACAUAACCACCCAUGCAUACUCAGAAAACCCAAGCCCCUGGUAACAAUAAUACGUUAAUAUUUCUAAUAGCAGUCAAUGGUAUUAGACCCCUUCCCAGCAUCGACUUGAUUAUAUAUAUAUCUUGGCGAUCCGGGGUGCGGGGCGGUUAUAUAGAGGGUUGCGAUUAUGGUGUGGUCUGUGUUUUGUGUUUGGGGGGUCGAGGUGGUUGUGAUGGUGAUGGAGAUGGAGAUAGGGAUAAGAACAUUGUUGUGUGGGUUAAGUUGGGGAAUGGGGAUGGGGAUGGGGAUGGGGAUCAGGAUAGGGAUGAAUAGAGUGGGAAGGGGAUAGGAAGGGAGAAGAAGGAGAAUAAUCAAUAAGAAGGGCAGGGGAUAAAGAAGGAUACAGAGUACGGAAGGGGUUCACUGGGUAUUGCCAAUCAAGGGAGAAAUAGAUUUCUACAGGAGAUAUAUCGAACUUUUCCAGGUCGAAUAAUAAAUACUCCAUAGAUAGAGG